AUGUCCCAGUUGGCGACCACGAAGCGACAGGCGAGCAUCGGCUGGCCAUCACUACAGCAAAGCAUUGCCAGCGGUUCCACCGUGGACCGGCAGCCUCACCUUGUGGAAGUCAAAAGCUACCUUGAAACGUACCAGGGGGAGUUGCAAUGGCUAAGUAUUAGUGCCGAAUUGUGGCCGAAGGAUUGUCAGGGCUCCCGUCAGCUUCACCGCGAGUUUUCGGUUCUCAGCACUUCCCAACCGCAUCCCAACGUGGUUGUUGGCCUGGUGGGGGCCUCUGUGGGCUCCAGUGGCAGGCCCCGCCUGGUCACCGAGUAUGUGCCGAGAUGUCUGUCUUCGGAGCUGCGAACCCGGGGCUACGGUGGGCUGUCCGGUCCCGAAGUGAAGCUGCUGGCGUGGCAGCUGGCCCAGACAAUCAAGCACCUGCACGACAAAAAGAUCAUCCACCGCGACAUCAAGCCCGCCAAUCUGCUGCUGGACGAUGCUGGGGUCCUCAGGCUGUGCGACUUCGGCUCGGCGAGGUUCAUAUCGUCAAUGCGCGAGGUCCCCUACGAUAAAGAUGCGGAUGCGGUCCUUAGGGUCGCUGCACGGCGUUAUAAGGCCCCGGAGAUCCUCAUUAAGCAAUGCCAUGGACCUGCGGCAGACGUUUGGUCGUUUGGCUGCACAGUUGCCGAGCUGGCCUCGGGUCGGCCCCUGCUCCCCGGCAGCUCAGAUGCGGACCAGAUGAUACGGAUCAUGAAGUUCUGCGGGCUGCCGCCGUACGACCCGUACGGCUACCUGCGCGCCAGCCUUUCACGCAACGCCGACGUUUCCCGCCCCGUCAGCCCCCAGUUGCUCUCCCUCUUGGAGUCCUGCCUGCGCCUGGACCCCAAUGACCGCCGUACGAUGGACGAGAUUCUGCGCUCGUCGUACUUCUCCGAUGUGCCACUCCUGAUUCAGGGCACGGAGCUGGCCUGUUUGUACGACAUCCAGGUGGAGCCGUUCAUCAGCCUACGUGGCGUCCAGAGUGCUGACAACAGCAACAACAACAAUAACGCCUGCAAUAACGGCUGCUUCAAGAUCAACAGCAAAUGGAGCAGUAGCAAACAUAUUGCAAUGGCGAGCCCGCCGCGCAUUCCCGGUUCAAGGACGGGAGCCGUGCCCUCGGCCCCAUCACCGCCGCUUACCCCAACAACACUUCCGCCACCUCCGCCGCCAUUAUCAUCACCACCAUCACCAUCACGACCAUCACCGCCGCGGCCUGUGUCUCCCUGGGCAUGCUAAUUGCCACCCCCAUUUCACUACCUCUUCCCCACCUGUUGUUGUCACUGGGAUAAUCGCGAAAUGACUAGCACUUGACUAGCAACCAACUAGGUCUAUAAAGUAUGUGAUCGUCGAUAGACUGUGCCCUGGUAUAUAUGUUAGGAAGGCACCAUGGACCCGUCCAUCCUGUUGCACCGGGUUGCGCCGUACAGAAAUCAAAACAUUUUAUGGUCCAUAAUAUGGUUAUCUACUUGUUGGCCCUGACAGGACAGAGCGGCUGGCGACUACUUUGGUUGCUGUUGUAUCCUCUGUUCGUAUCACGGAAUAUUCUGACAUCGGCCGAUAGGUACUUUUCUGCAGUCGUACGUGCCAUGUACGACCACAGAAAAGUACUGAUACUGUUGUAUUAGUAGUGUGUGAUACAACAGUUGGGCCCCCCAAACAAAAAAUGAUAAAUUAUCCAAUCCGGCAUGUAGCCCGAUCUCGUCAUGUCGAUGGGGGUUUACAUUAGCAUUACUACUCCUUCUGGACAUGCAUCCCACGUCUGCAUUAGCGUGCGGCGCGUUGAUAGGUUGUUGCAACAAACAACUAACAACUAACGCGGCACAGUCGGUGUCAAUUGGCGCCGCGCAUGUACUCUGCGUGCUGAUGGGAGGCUGAUGUUGUUCCUAGAGUCGC